UUUCGAACAGUAUGGCGGUGGUAUGUUUGACAACAAUAACAGAGAAAUGGAUACGGGACAGGUUACAAUUAAAAUAUCCUUAUCUCGGUGAUGUGCGCUCACUGAGCCUCACGGGGACGAGUGAGGAGAAGAUCAGGCGUCUAGGAAACGCUCUGAAUAACUUUGUCCGUCUAAAGUCUCUGGACCUGUCCUACAAUGCACUCAUCUCUGUCGAGGGGGUGCAACACUUGAAACUGCUGGAGAGGCUGAUUCUCUACUAUAACUGUAUACCUUCCCUUGAAGAGGUGAAAGUGCUGUUUGAGCUGCCAGCUUUGAGAGAGCUGGACCUCAGGCUCAACCCUCUGACCAAAAGUUGCCCAAAAUACCGCCUUUAUGUAGUGCAUGCCAUACCCAGCCUACGCAAGCUGGAUAGCUGUUCAGUCAGAGACACUGAGCGCAAAGUUGCCAUAAUGCAGUUCGCCUCUGACUCUGUGCCUCAACAGAAGAGCUUCCCUCUCAAUCAGAGUGAAAAUCUAAGCAGUCAAUCAAGACUGGCUUUAGUUGACCGCUUAACCAAGAGGCACUCUCUCCUGAAAGACACUAAUGAUAUUGUGUUGAACCAAAGUGAAAUGCUGUUUGACUCUGUUCACAAGGAGGCAGAAGAUUUGGCAUUGGAUUCCAGAAAGGAUGAAUCAGAAGAUUGUACAGAACAGAAAAGCUCUACUCCAAAGCAGGAAAGUGCUAAAUCUAUCCUCGGGUAUCCAUCCAAAAGAUAUGAUAACGCGAAGUCUAAAGUGUCACACAUGAAAGAAGCAUCUCAUAAAAAAAGGUCAGCUUCAUUAAAAGUGACUGAAAGACCAAAGGUGUCAUUUAGUCCCUUUGUAGAGCCUGGACAACAAACACACUUCCCCAGACAAACCAGACAUGUGGCCAAGGGACAUUUUACCCCAAAUCCUGAUCAGAGUCGCCCCCAUUCAUUCAUUAAUAUCAGACCUCCCAGUCCACGUCGUCCUGCUUUGGAUCUGUCUGACCCUUCAAACCCCAUCUUACACCCUCCAAGGUUGACCUACUCCACCUUCAACAAGACAGAAGGGGGCUCCAGCCUGCCCCAGCAAGCAGAAAAGAAAAGAAAGGGUAGUUACAGGAAACCCCUGGAGAUGCUCCUCAACCUCGUGGACAAACACUGGGGUGGAGAGAGACCUCUGCAUCAUAACAACAACUUCCUCUCUCAGGCAGCCCAGAUCCUCUCUAUGAUGGAAAGUGAUAUUUCCAAAAGGGAGGCUGAGGUCAGGACCUUAAGACGGGAAACUGAUGCCCUGAACCUUCGUGCAGCUGCACAACAGGAAGAGCACAAAGCUGAAGUUCAUAACCUCUCUGCUCAGCUGGAGGUCGCUCUCAGUGAGACUGGCAAACUAAAAGAGCAGCUGAGGAUUGUCUUGGAAGAGAAUGUCACUCUCCAGAAGCAGUUGAUGAAGUUAGAACGACAGUAUCUCAAGUCUGUGAUGAAAAGUUCACCUAUUACUCAGAUUAAAGAGGCUCAGACAGAAGUGGAGGAGCUGAGGAGAGAGGUUGAGGGACUGAGGGAGAAAGUACAGGAGGCUGACAAAGUCAAGGAACUGUCAAAUAUGCUGCAGGAAAGCCACAGGUCCCUGGUGGCUACCAACAGGUGUUUGCUAGCCAAGCUGAAGGGAAGUGGGCCACAUUAAGAUGAACUUGAAUGAGGGGCUGCACACUGGGAUGAAAACAAGACUGUGCUGAGUUUCUUUGUAGCAUUGUGCCUGGCCCAGCAGCUAAAGACUUUUUUAAAUAAAUUUUUAUUUAAUUUGUAAUAUCACUGCAGUGUGCAUUUGAUUUUUGUGUAUUAAUCUCCCAGACCCCUUUGAUAAAUGAAGUGCUUAUUUAUUACAAGAAAUAUGUAGGCUGUGUUUGCUUGAUGUAAACAGCACUGGGGAAAGGCAGUUCAAUUCAAGCAAGGUUGUGUAUAAGUGUAUGACAGGGCUGUUUAUAUUAACAAAUGAUUUUAGGUGAAAAAAUAUUAGUGAGGUCAUAGUGUACUUUCUGGUUCAGUGGCAAGUGAGUUUCUCUCAGCUGCUUUUCAUACCUUCUUUCUUUUUCUUUUAGGUCAGUUGUGUCUCCAGCUGCUUUGCACGCUGCAGUGGAAUGAAUAUGUCUAGAUUCCAGCUGCACUGUGGCUUUAUUUAUACCUCUGCCUUACAGCUGGAGAGCUGCACACACACACACAAGCACUUUCCUCUCACAAAGAGGUCCUGGUCCAGGUCCUGGCAAAUCACAUUAGGAUUUAACAUAAACUUUAAUGUAGCUUUUAUUUUUAUGUGAACAUUAUAGAUCACUGCUUAGUGUUACUGGUGGGGAGUAAGUGUUCCUGAAAAAAACAACAACAAUAUUGAUCCAUUAGCUGUACCCACUUAUGCUGGAGGUUUGUGGGGGAAGCUGAAGCUAAUCCCAGGUCAGGUUAUCACAAGGCUGCCAUAAGGGUAUAAAACACUGCAUUCUGACUGACACCCCAUAACCUACUCAGCAAUGGAUCUGGGUAUUCAUGUAUGUAUUUAUUUAUUUAUUUUCAAUAAUGCACUACAAAUCAUGAACACAUUAAGAGAUCUAAAGAACGUAAUUCAUGCAAUGGGGCACAAUAGUACAUUAAAAGUUAUUUAGGAAAAAAAAGGAAAGACAAUAUUGUUCCUCCACAUUAAAGGUGCACAUUAUUUGGUAUUAAGCACAGAAAACAGUUCAGAAUCAAGAUACUGCAGCAGACAAAAAUUAACACACUGAUAGCUGCUAGUUUUGAUCUGGUUGCACGAUUCUUCACCAGCUGAGGCAACAGGCAGCAUGUGACAACCACUGUUACAAUUUUGGAAAAAUAUUAUUCUAUAAAAGUAUAUUACUUGUUGGCAGUUUUCCAUUUAUUCCAUUACAUUAAACAUAUUCUGUGGAUGACAAUACCACAUAUUAAAGGUACUCAAAAUGUUUAUCAGCAGACAUAUAUAAUAACACUGGAGGAUAGCUGACUUUGUACAUGUACAAGCUGAUAUAUAUUGAUUGCAGGCAAUACAAGAUUUUAUCAUGUUGCCACAAUUUCUUCACUUGAUAUUUUUGGGGCACUAAAAUAAUUCAAUCUGUCCAGUAGUCUGUUCUCAUAGCAGGCACAGCAGUUCAAAUACAAUGUGUCAUCUAUAUGCUUCUGAAUCAAAUGCAAUAUACAUAACAUGCACAAAGUACAGCAAUACAGAGAAGAUAAAAACAUGAAGCCAGUGUCAUAAAUUACGUCAUGUGGCCACAACCUUUUAGAAUAUACACCAUCUUACCACAAAUAUAUUAUAACUACUGUAUAGAAAUCUGAUGAGGAAAUAAGUCAAAUGUUAAAUAUACAAUCUUGCACAAGUGAGCAUACCUAUUGCAGUUAGUCCCCUUUAGGCUUUAUUCACCAAUUCAAAAUGCAUGUUAACAAAAUGGUUUGUUUGUAAUUAGAUGCAAUAGGGUUUGAGUAAAGACAGUUUAAGAGAAAAAAGGGGAAAUCCUAUUAAUUUUGUGUUAAAUGCAGGCCCAAUUAAACGAUUUGCAUGGCAGGACUUUUGUUAUAUUUUACAUAUUCACAAAAACAAGAAGGUAUAGCAGAGGUAAAAUGUUUAAUCUGACACCUAACAACUGUAUUUAUGCAAAAUUUUGAAAACAAGUUCAGAAAAUUCUUAAUAUAUUUAUCGUGGUUCAAUUAUUCAAAUGACAGUGUCAACCUAUAAAAAUAUAAAAUUAAAGAUUUUAUAAAAACCUUAACAGUUGACAAGUGGGGAUGGCAGAUAAAUAAUAAACAUUGAAGAUGGAAUUCAUUGUUUAGGUUUUCAGAAGAGAUAAACACUGAUAUCUGCAUCUAAAUCCCAUGCCCAUUAUUAUCAGAGCUCAACAAAACAAAUUUAAAAAAUGCAUUUCUUCAGCUAAAUACAGGAAUAGAAACAUUUCCGUCAAACUGUGCAACACUGUAAAUUCAUUAGACUGUUCAAUUUUUGUUUUUCUUGGCAUGGUGUUCAUUGUUCUCAAUAAAUACAAUAUAAGGCCAUAUUAUAACAACAAAGAUUCAAUAUUCAUAGCAUUGCAGUUUCUCUGUUCUUUUCAGUGUUUGGCAGUACCUUUCUAUCAGAGAGGAAUGUACCAGCUGGUGAUGACUUUGUAAAAAUACAGCUCCAGAUCAGAAAAAGUUGGGACAGCAUGUAAAAUCAAAGUUAAAACUGAAAAUAGUGAUUUGCAAAUCAUC